AUGAAUUUAGAAAUUGAUACGAACGGUGUUGAUAACCAGUUCCAUCCCAUAACUGAUAGUAAUGAUUCACAGAAUUCUCCUCUCGAUUUAUCAAAAACCGGUAAAUUCGAUCGAUGUGUUCCUCGAUCACCUGAUGUUUUAUGCGUGAAAGCUAAUAAUAGUUGUGAUAGACAAAUGCUAUCAAGUCAUUUAUAUGAUGAACCAAAAGUUUUAACGGAACCAAAAACAGACUGGCAUUAUCGAAGUAUAAAAGAUUUAGCAAAAAAACAUAUUCCUUUCCUCCCUGGUGAUGGUCCUCAGCGAACACCAAUCCGAAUAACAGUAGACUUUUAA